AUGAUGAAUCAAGCCAGUCUCCAGCAGAACGCCGUUACUUUUUGUGAUGAGAGAAAAGGUUUGGUUUCGAUUUCUGAUUCCAAGGGUCCUGUUGUUUGUCCAAAGCCUCGGCGAGUAGGAAUUUUGGCUAAUAAUCCCAUCAGGCCUUUGAGAUGGUCAGCGAGCCAUCAAGCCGAAAUGUGUGAUUCGAAAGCUGGGGCAGAGCUUCUGGACAUUAUUCUCAUGAAGGAGGGUCAUGGUUCAGAUCAUUCUGCAACCGAGGUGGCCUCGUCGCCACCACCAUUUUUUUGUGGGUCUCCUCCAACCAGAGUAGGCAACCCAUUAAUUCAAGAUGCCAGAUUUGGGGAUGAAAAACACACUCCAAUGUCACCACUGUCCAUUCCAUCUCCUUCUGGUUUAUCAUCUCCAUCAUCAUCUGCACGCAAGGGAGGGUGUGCAAGAAUGAAGUUUGGGCUUAAACCAGCUGCAGUUAGAGUAGAAGGAUUUGAUUGCCUCAACAGGGAUCGCCAAAAUUCCAGCAUCCCUGCUGUGGCUUAG